AUGUCCGAAACCGUGUAUGCAAAGCAAGGCUUCAACGAUGUGAACCGCUAUAAGCAUCAAGCGACAUAUGAUGUCGAAACUAUCCACGCAAUUGUGAACAACACCCCGGUCCUCCAUGUAUCGUUUGUUCCAGAUCCAGCGAUCCCAGCUCCCGUCGUCUUGCCCAUGAUUGGCCAGCUAGGUCUAUAUCCAGGCGACGAGUCCAAGGGCGAGCUCGACUGGAAAUGCUAUCUCCACGGCUACGUCAGCUCCCGGCUCAUGAAGCUCGCAGACGACGCAGUAAAGCGAGGCGAAGAGGGACUACCGCUGUGUGUGGCCGCUACGAAAGUCGACGGCUUCGUUCUCACGCUUACGCCAAAUUCACACAACUACAACUAUCGGUCCGCGGUUCUGCAUGGUUUCGGCACCGUCGUUGAAGAUGUUGAGGAAAAGAUCUGGGCGAUGAAGCUCAUCACCAACUCAGUAGUCCCAAAUCGGUACGACAACACGCGGGUUCCGCCUGACGGUGCAGAGAUGCAGUCUACCCGCAUCCUGAAGUUGAAGAUAUCCGGUGCGAGUGGCAAGGUUAGGGAAGGCGUGCCGGAGGAUGAGCGGAAGGAUAUGAAGAGGGAAGACGUUCUCGACUCGGUGUGGACGGGAGUCAUUCCGGUCUACGAGAAACUAGGAGAACCACAAGCCGGACCUUACAAUCGCGUCAAGGAGAUACCGGAGCAUGUGCGACGGUUUGUUGAUGAGGAGAAUGAGAAGAGGGAGCAAUAUGCGUUCAAUGCAGCGGGCAAGCCUGCUCCUUUGAAGCGGCCGAAGAAGAACGAUGAGAACUAG